AUGGACAAGGCAAGUCCAAAUCGGUCGCUGACCGACGUGGAGUAUCCUGCAUGGUGCCAGGAUAGCGAAGUUCCCGUUACAAAGCAACAAAUUCGGGAAACUUUUGAUCAGUUGGCUGCAAAAUUUGGUUUCCAGCAGUCCUCGAAAGAAAACAUGUACCACCAUUUGCUUGCACAGUUAGAUUCUAGGGCUAGUAGGAUGAAUGCGCAGAAUGCGCUUCUGUCGUUACAUGUGUCGUACAUUGGCGGCGAGCAAGCAAACUUUAAGAAAUGGUAUUUUGCAGCGCAGCUAGAUCUAGACGAGGAGAUUGGUUUCUCGAAAAUGAAGCUGAGAGGCAAAUCUAACACCAGAAAUAUAAAGGUUGCGAAAAAGACUGGUAUUUCAAUCAAGGAGCAGCAGUUGGAGUGGGAGCGUAGGGAGCGUGAAUUUAUCGAUCACCACCCAAAAUUCAGCAUAAGCGAAAGUCAACUCAAGAGAGGCAAAGAUCUGAAAACUCAGGACUACAAAUGGAAAACAAAAAUGAGACAGCUUAGUCCCUUACAAAUGCUAAGACAACUAGCACUUUUCUUACUCUGUUGGGGUGAGGCUACUCAACUCAGAUUCACACCUGAGUGCUUAAACUUUAUUUUCAAAUGCGCCCUUGAUUUCGAUGGGUAUACUAAUUUAAAAGACCCAUCGUUUUACUCAAAAGAAUUCAGUUUCUUGGACGAGAUUGUCACUCCGCUUUACAAGUACUUGAGAAGUCAAGUUUAUAAGAGGGACUCUAAUGGGCGCUGGAUCAGAAAAGAACGUGACCACAGAUUUAUUAUUGGAUAUGAUGACGUAAAUCAGUUGUUCUGGUAUCCAGAAGGAAUUGAAAGAAUCGUUUUGUUCUCAGGAGAAAGACUCGUCGAUAAGCCACUCAGCCAAAGGUACUUGUUCCUGAAGGAUGUCGAUUGGUCCAAAGUAUUCUACAAAACUUAUAAGGAAACAAGAAGCUGGAUGCACUGUUUUACAAACUUUAACAGAUUUUGGAUUAUUCAUUUUGCUCCCUUUUGGUUCUUCACAUCCUUUAACGCACCGUUUCUUUAUACAAAAAACUACGUCCAACUGCUAAACAAUCAACCAACCUUACAGUCGCGGUUGUCUGUGAUGGCAUUUGGUGGGACUAUUGCCUGCCUCGUGCAAAUUAUUGCUACACUUUUUGAGUGGGAGUGCGUGCCUAGAGAAUGGCCUGGCGCUCAACACCUCUCUUUACGAAUGACUUUUUUGAUUUUUUGUCUUUUGAUAAAUUUUGCUCCCUCCAUUUACAUCUUUGGGUUUUUUGACUUGGACGUCCACUCAAAAUCAGCGUAUAUUAUUUCAAUCUUCCAACUGAUCAUUGCAAUAAUAACAACAAUAUUUUUUGCUACUAGACCUCUCGGUAGAUUGUUGACGACGUAUUUUAGCAAGGGAAAAGCGCGUAGGUGGUAUGUAUCCUCACAGACAUUUACCGCUUCCUUCCCAGAGUUAGCUGGUAGGAGUAAAUGGUUUUCUUACGGUUUAUGGCUCUUUGUCUUCACUGCUAAAUUUAUUGAAUCAUAUUUCUUUUUGACAUUGUCACUGAGAGAUCCAAUUCGAGUUCUUUACAUUAUGGACAUGUCAAGAUGUCAUGGUGAUUGGCUCAUUGGUAACGUUCUCUGUCAACUCCAGUCGAAAAUUACAUUUUUACUGAUGAUUUUAGCUGACCUUGGGUUAUUUUUCUUGGACACAUACCUAUGGUAUAUCAUCUGCAAUUGCAUCUUCUCGAUAAUACUGUCAUUAUCCCUUGGUACCUCAGUGUUUACACCCUGGAAAAACAUUUACUCAAGGCUACCCAAGCGCAUCUAUUCCAAAAUUUUGGCAACCUCUCAUAUGGAGGUUAAAUUCAAGCCAAAACUGUUGGUGUCUCAGGUGUGGAAUGCCAUAAUUAUCUCAAUGUACCGAGAACACAUACUUUCCAUUGAGCAUACCCAAAAGCUUCUGUAUCAACAGGUUGAUUCCAUUUCGUUGGACAGUCGGGCGCUAAAAUCACCAACUUUUUUUGUUUCCCAGGAUGAUUCAACUUUCAAAUCGAUGGAGUUCUUCUCUGCCAACUCGGAAGCACAAAGAAGAAUAUCCUUUUUUGCCCAGUCUCUUUCUACACCAAUAGCCGAGCCUACACCAGUAGAAUGUAUGCCAACUUUCACCGUUUUAGUACCACACUACGCGGAGAAGAUCAUGCUGGAAUUGAGAGAGAUUAUCAAGGAGGAGUCGCUGAAAAGUAAAAUGCCGGUUCUCGAAUACCUAAAGCAAUUACAUCCUAAGGAAUGGGAAUGUUUUAUAAGAGAUACAAAACUGCUGAUGAGUGAGCUCAACAUAUCAAAAGAUUUUUUACCGAAAACUGAUUCUGAGGUAAGGAUUGAAGCGGCAAAACAAUUUAGCGAAGUUGACUCAGCAAACCACUUGGAAACAAAAGAGGAAGAACAGUCUCACAACGAAUAUAAAGACACAGAUGGGUUUGUAAAAGAGAAAUUAUCGGAUCUCCCCUAUAAAAUGUUUGGAUUCGCUUCUUCAGAGCCAAUGUAUACGAUGAGGACAAGAAUAUGGGCAUCUCUCCGAACGCAAACUUUGUACCGCACAAUUUCUGGUUUUAUGAAUUACACCAAGGCCAUCAAACUUUUGUACAGGAUCGAGAAUCCAUCCAUGAUUGAAUUUUACGAGUCUGACUCUGAGGCUUUGGAAAACGGCCUAGAGAAUAUGGCGGCAAGGAAAUUUCGAAUGCUAGUUGCAAUGCAGAGAUACGCCUCCUUCAACGAAAAGGAAAGGGAGGCAACGGAGUUGUUGCUCCGGACAUAUCCUUCGUUGUACAUUUCUUAUUUGUUGACUGAACAAGGAGAAGAUAGCUCGGAACCAAUAUAUUAUUCUUGCUUGACAAACGGUUACUCUGAACACGAUGUUAACACAGGCCUACGGAAACCACUUUAUAAAAUACGGUUAUCUGGAAACCCGAUAUUGGGCGAUGGAAAAUCCGAUAAUCAAAAUCACUCUUUGAUUUUUUAUCGCGGUGAAUAUAUUCAGGUUGUUGAUGCAAACCAAGAUAACUAUCUGGAGGAAUGCUUGAAGAUUAGAUCAAUAUUGAGCGAAUUCGAGGAAGUAGGGGCUGAGUCUGUCAUUCCUUAUAUUCCAGGAAUUGAGUAUGAUGAAGAGCCAGCACCGGUAGCUAUUGUGGGUGCGAGGGAAUAUAUCUUUUCAGAGAAUAUCGGUGUAUUAGGCGAUAUUGCAGCUGGGAAAGAGCAAACAUUUGGUACUUUAUUUGCGAGAACACUGGCCGAGAUUGGUGGAAAGCUGCACUAUGGUCAUCCGGAUUUCAUCAAUGCCAUAUACAUGACAACAAGGGGCGGAUUAUCCAAGGCGCAGAGGAGUCUACACCUCAACGAAGAUAUAUAUGCUGGAAUAAACGCCAUGUGCCGGGGCGCAAGGAUUAAACAUAGCGAUUACUACCAGUGCGGAAAGGGAAGAGAUCUAGGAUUUGGCUCCAUAUUGAACUUCACGACCAAAAUUGGUGCCGGUAUGGGUGAACAACUUUUGUCGAGGGAAUAUUAUUAUCUAGGUACACAAUUACCAAUCGACAGAUUCUUAUCCUUUUUUUAUGCACACCCUGGUUUCCACUUAAACAAUCUGUUCAUUUCUAUCUCGCUGCAAUUGUUCUUUCUACUGUUGAUCAACCUGGGGGCACUAAAUCACGAAAUAAUCAAAUGUCAGAUGAAGAAGCAUUCCGUCAUGACGGAUGUGCAGACGCCAAUUGGAUGUUAUAAUGUUGAGCCUGCAUUGCAUUGGGUGUCAAUUUUUGUUCUCUCCAUAUUCAUUGUGUUCUUUAUUGCGUUUGCCCCGCUAUUGAUACAGGAGUUGCUCGAAAAGGGGAUGGUGAAGGCUUUCACGCGAUUUUUGCGCCAUAUCAUCUCUAUGGCACCUCUCUUUGAAGUGUUUGUAUGUCAGGUUUAUUCAAACUCGUUGUUGAAUGACAUCACCUUUGGAGGGGCAAAAUACAUACCAACGGGCAGAGGGCUUGCCAUAACGAGAAUUGACUUUGCGAUACUAUAUUCCCGGUUUUCUACCAUAUCGAUAUACACUGGAAUCCAGAUAUUUUUAAUGCUCUUGUUUGCAACGGUAUCGAUGUGGCAACCUGCUUUGCUUUGGUUCUGGAUUACUGUUGUAUCUUUAUGCUUUGCUCCCUUUAUCUUUAACCCCCAUCAGUUUUCCUUUUCGGAGUUUUUCCUGGACUAUCGAAAUGUAAUCCACUGGUUAUCAUCUGGAAAUUCGCACUUUGUGAAGGAGUCUUGGUCUACAUUUACAAAAACUUCAAGAGCAAGAUAUACAGGCUACAAACGAAAAUUAAUCAACGAUGUAUCUGAAGAUGCAAGCAUAGAUACGAGACGGGCGAGCUUCAAGAAUAUUUUUCUUUCGGAGUUACUAACGCCUGGGGUCAUCUUUUUUUGCGAUUUUACGGCAUAUACGUUUAUCAAUGCCCAAACUGGUGUGAGUGAAGCUGUCCCAUCUGGUGCAGUAUUCAGGUUGCUCUUGGUCACAUAUUUGCCCAUUGUCGUGAACAUGAUCACUCUGAUCGUGUUAUUUAUCCUGUCGUUCAUUAGCAGCCCUGUCCAUCUCUGUUGCAAGAUGAAUAGUGGAACGACUGUUGCAUUUGUCGCGCACGGUGUUUCCAUCUUUGUGUACGUUCUAAACUUUGAACUGAUGUGGUUUCUUCAAAGCUGGAAUUUUACUCGUACUUUGAUAUUGUUGAUCACCGCUGUCAACUUACAGAUACUGACAUUUAAGCUUAUAACUAUUUUCUUUCUGACACGAGAAUACAGAAAUAAUCUGUCACACCUUGCCUGGUGGUCUGGCAAGUGGUAUAACACUGGAAUGGGCUGGUGGGUAAUUUUUCAACCUUUAAGGGAAUAUACGGUAAAAGUCAUGGAGUCGUCAUAUUUUGCAGGUGACUUCUUCCUGUGCCACUUUCUGCUGUAUUUGCAAACACCUCUGAUUAUGACGCCUUUUAUCGAUUAUUGGCAUUCAAUGAUUCUUUUCUGGCUAAAACCUACUUAUGUGAUAUCCAAGAACAGGGUUUACACGCGGAGGCAGAAAAGAAUGCGCAAUUCUGGUAUCCGGAGGUACUUCCUCUUAUAUGUUAUACUGCUCUUAAUGCUUCUACUGCUGUUGAUCUGUCCCCUACUCUCGCAUAAAAUAUUGCCAGCCCCCGUCAGUCUCGUCAAGGGAAUGCCAUUCUCCAUGCUAGUGCAACCCAACGGGCAAAAAAAUAAUGACACAGGACCAGCUGCCCCGACAACCAUCAUGACUGCUACGCCGCCACUUCCCUCGCUAAAAACGGCAAACUAA